GCCCCGGAAGAAAGCAGUUCGCUUUACCACUUGGAAAGUGAUCAGCUCGCGAGGUUGCAACCGUGAAAGUACAUGAUCUACUUGCAUAAAAGAAACACAACUCUUGGAAUCCAAGGAUAGUACACAGUGUUCGUACUGGCUGAGGAGACAGACCUACAGACGGUAUCACAGACACUGGACAGAUUUAAUCUUAUAGAUUUGAAUGGACAAGGAGACCAGAAAUACAUAGCCCAGCUAGUUAACCCGUGUGGAAACUCUGCGAUGCCUGUGAAGAAAAAGAGGAAGUCUUCAGGGUCAGAUGACCCGGGACUCAGGAAGUGUAAAAUCACCUGUUUCUGCAGACCUCAGGCUCCAGGCCGGUUGAUCAGCCCAGAGGACCAGUUCUCCAAUAAGAAAUGUCUGGCCUGGUUCUACGAGUACACAGGUCCAGAUGAGGUGUUGGGUCCAGAGGGGAUGGAGAAGUUCUGUGAAGACAUUGGAGUAGAACCAGAAAACGUUAGUCUUCCUCGUCUUUUCUCUUCAUCCAUCCAUCGUUGAUAAUUAUGAUGUAUGUUCUCUCCCACCCCACUCUCCAUCUUUCUCUUUUUCAGAUAAUUAUGUUAGUUAUAGCCUGGAAACUAGAAGCUCCAAAUAUGGGAUUUUUCACUAAGGAGGAGUGGCUUAAGGGAAUGACUUUACUACAGUGUGACUGCAUAGAGAGGUUACAGGGGAAACUGGACUACCUUCGCAAUCAUCUCAACGACACGAUCAUCUUUAAAAACAUCUACAGAUACGCCUUUGACUUUGCCAGGGAUAAGGACCAGAGGAGUCUGGACAUGGACACAGCUAAGUCCAUGCUAGGGUUGCUACUGGGGAGAACAUGGCCACUCUUCCCUGUCUUCAACCAGUUUCUGGAGCAGUCCAAGUACAAGGUGAUGAAUAAGGACCAGUGGUAUAACGUCUUAGAGUUUAGUCGUACAGUCAGCACAGACCUCAGUAACUAUGACGAGGAUGGAGCCUGGCCGGUGUUAUUGGAUGAGUUUGUGGAGUGGCAGAAAGCUCGGCUGGCAGCGUUAUAGCUGAGGACACACUCGCCAAACCGCAGAAGAGGAGAAAGAGAGAAGCUCACAUGAAGAUGUUCUCCCUCCGUUUGAAAUAUACAGAAACGGCACACACACUAUACAGAGAUGGCACACACACACCUUCCAUGGACUGUGCACACACACACCCAUACGGUGUCACGGCGUGCAGAUACACUUCCAGUGACGGCCUCUGUGCUUAGUGGGCCAAACAGUGAAGUCCUCUCUCUCUGAAGAUAGUUUGUCAGUGUUAAUUUAAGCAAGUUCAACAAGGCGAAAACAAACAAAAAACUAAACGAAAGGGGGAACUAUUUUUCAUAUAUAUUGCAUCUCUAGCCAUUGUUGUGAAGCUCGACUGGGGAAUUUUUCCAUUUCCUUGAACAUUUUUUCCCGUCAUUUUUGAGUCUUACCUUGUUUAUAGUAUGUUUUCAGAACAAGAAUAAAGAAUGGAAUUC